GUCAGUAAGAUGCACAGGACUGUGCCCAGCCUCCCUUUGGCGCCUUCGGUGAAGGUGAAGCUCAUCAACGCGGGUUUCCAAGUGGCGUCAGACUUGAUUGACAUGCGUCCUCUUCAGCUCUGCAAAGAGGCAGGUAUCUCACAGGAGGAGGCAGUGGAGGUGUUGCAGAUGUUGAGGGAUGAUGGCCAGCCUCACCAGCAGAGAGCAGCAACAGAGAGCCUAACAGCUCUGGAUCUCCUGCACCAGGAGCAGGCUCUGGGGAGCAUUGUGACGUUCUGCUCAGCCCUGGAUGAUGCCCUCGGAGGGGGCGUGCCUGUGGGAAAGACCACUGAGAUCUGCGGGGCCCCUGGUGUUGGAAAGACUCAACUGUGCAUGCAGCUUGCUGUGGACGUGCAGAUUCCUGUGUGCUUUGGAGGUCUGGGAGGAAAGGCACUGUAUAUAGACACAGAAGGGAGUUUCUUAGUGCAGCGGGUUGUUGAUAUGGCAGAGGCAGCCGUGCAGCACUGCACCCUCCUGGCAGAGGAUACAGAACAGAGACAGGCUUUAGAGGAAUUUACUGUCGAGAAGAUCCUCUCAAGUCUCUUCUUGGUGCGUUGCCAUGACUAUGUAGAGCUGUUAGCUGAGGUUUACCUCCUACCUGACUUCCUUUCUGAGCAUCCCGAGGUGAGGUUGGUAGUGAUUGACAGCAUCGCCUUCCCAUUCCGGCAUGACUUUGAGGAUCUUUCUCAGAGGACUCGUCUCCUAAAUGGCCUUGCCCAGCAGCUCAUCCAACUAGCAACAAAACAUAGUUUAGCGGUUGUUUUGACCAAUCAGAUGACGACAAGAGUUUCAAAUGGCCAAUCUAAGCUGGUUCCUGCAUUAGGUGAAAGUUGGGGUCAUGCUGCGACGCAGAGGCUCAUCCUGCACUGGGAGGGUCUGCGAAGGCUUGCCUCCCUGUACAAGUCUCCAAGUCAAAUGGAAGCCACAAUUCAAUAUCAAAUCACAGUCCAGGGUUUUAGGGAUGCCCCAGAUGAACCCAGACCUACUCCUGCUUCAUCUGCAGUCUCAUGUCCUUCAGGAAACCACAGCAAACGCCCUCGAAUGGAGGAUCUGUCUUGAGGAUGUAUUGCAGACCAGUUUGCUU